GCACAUAGUUCAAGUUGUGAUUUCACAGUGAUAACAAACCCCCUUCAAAACAACAAUCAAAAUGUUCAAACUGUUGGUGCUCGCUUGUGUACUGGCUGUGGCCGCUGCUAAGCCUGGUGCUCUGCUCGCAUACCAGUCACCGGCUCUGUACUCUGCCCCAGCAUACGCCGCCGCUGCUCCUCUUGCCUAUGCCAGCCCAUACUCCUAUGCUUACAACUACCGCCUCCCCUACACAUAUGCUGCUCCCUAUGGCUACAGCUCCUACAGCUACUUUAACAACUACCGGGCCCCAAUUUCCGCCUAUCCAGCUUAUAGCUAUAUUGCCUAAAUCGUCAUGACCUACCAGCAGCCCCAAUCGCCCCCGUUUCACAGCCAUUCCUGACAUCGUGCACUUGAAGACUGAUUGCAUUCGAUUCCUGAAGACACUCCAUUAUCCAUCAUUUGGAGAUUCCAAUCGAGUCAAUAGAGCUUCUGCUUAGGAUGAAAUGCAACUUGAAAAUUUGUGGAAAAUUCUUUUCUGGGAUAUGGGACAUUUUUGAAAGCUCAAAAAAUGAUUUUCUGGACAAUCAAAUAAAUUCAUGACUUUUUACAAAA